AUGGUCAACCACGAUCCGCAGCCUGUUCUGGUCCCCAGCCAGUACCGACCCAAGCCAGUCCUCACCUCGAAUCAGCUUGCGCGUCAAUUGCGGUCCUGCAAGGUCUGCCGGUACCGUAAGGUCAAGUGCGAUCGCGUUAAACCCUGUCAUGCAUGCUGUGCUCAUGGGUAUCCCUCCCAGUGCACUUACGAUACCGGUCCUGAGGAUAGUCUCCAGCCCAUUAGCCAAGCGGACGAGAUCCGUAACCUCCGCAACGAAAUCCGUCAGCUGACGGCUCAACUCAAUGCCCGUGAUCAACGAAACCGAAACCGUCGCCGCCUAGCGCAGCUCCAAGGCUUGGUUGAUACAAUCCGCACCGCCCCAUCCGAAGUCGUUGAUGGCAUCAUCAGCAGUAUUCGGACAACUAAUCGGGUGGUCACGCAUGGCUCGGGAAUGGUCUCUGGGGAUCGGACACAAAACAAUGCUAUCGUAGCUCUUCAGCGCUAUCGGUCGGAUGAUAGUGACGAAGAAGCGGGAGAGAAUAUCGAUGCACGGGCCGGGGGUCGUGAUAAUAGCCGAAGUUCAUCCGAGGACAGUGAGGACUCGAGCUAUGGCUCCAUAUGUCAGAUGAAUACCACAAAGCCGAUGCUCGAGGUGUUCAUUGAGCGUUUUGUGGAUGCGUUCAGUCCAGAGGUUGACGCUAAAGCAGGCCAUGCGGGUGCACUGCGACGCGCAGCAGAGAUCCGCAUGUUCUCACCGAUUCUGAUGGACGCGUUUCAAUCCGUAUCGGUGGCUUUCUUCGGCCGAUCCGUUCAAAACAAGGAAAUCGAAGCUGCAGGUUUCAACCUGUAUCCGCGGGUACUUCGUAGUUUGCAGCAAGCAUUGCAGGACCCCGAGCGUAGCAAGGCCGAGUCAACCCUGGUCACGGUCAUUCUACUGAUGGCGUUUGAGGCAUGCUCUGCAUUUAAAUCCCGCAUCUGUGUGGAGCGUACGACACAGGUGUCGCUAAUUGCCCACGUCAACGGUGCACUACGAUUAAUCGAGCAUCGUGGCCCCGAGAACCACGUGCAUGGAGUAGAACAUCUACUAUAUACAGAGCUUCGUCCAUACUGGGUAUCUGCGGCUCUGGUCAGCCGCACCCCGUCUUUUCUUGCCUCAGAGGAUUGGAUUAAUCUUCCGUGGUCAGCAAAAACUACCAAGAAGGAUAUCUUGCAUUAUCUUUUGGACCUUGCGGUCGAGAUCCCAGCACUGCUGUUUCAAUUCGAUGAUCUCCAAGCCACACUCGGCUCGCAGAUGGCGAGUGCGCAUGAGAUCAAGGUCAAACAAGCCACCCUGUGGAAUGGUGUUGCUGACUUGACCAACCGCUUCCGCCAGUGGAAACUCGAGUGGGUCGACCACUAUCCGGACGGCCCGCCGAGGGAGGUCGAGCCACUGCCAAAUGGCGACUUCCCCGUCUUCCAAUGUCGGGACCUUCGCACUGGGGCCAUUAUCACCCCAACUAAAUUCUCCUACCCCAAUCUCCGCCUGGCCCAGACUAUGUGUCUAUACUACAGUACCCGAUUGAUCUUGUCCACGGCGGACUGCCGACCGACAGACCGCGUCGGCCCCGCGGAACAGUAUGCCUUGGGGUGCGGUAUCUGCCGAACCUUGGAAUGGUACAUCUUGACCGCCCCUGGUAACAUGAUUAAUCGCCUCGCCUUCCCUGUCCGCGUGGCUUGGGAGGCCUUCCCAGACGGAGGUCCAGAGCGCUUGUUCAUGUAUAACGUGCUGAAGCUGGUGGAGAAACGGCAUUCUCUUGGGCUUUGGGGGAGCGGAAUGUCCGAGCUUUCUCCUCGAGCUGGGUCUCCUCCGGCUUCCUAA